CCUUUAAAUCAAAGACCCUACUCUGUUAGAAAUAAAAUGCUCCAUCUAUAAAAUAUACUACAUUUUUCCCUCUAGGCAUAGGAUUAACUAGUUGAUCCUGAAUAAUAGGAAAACACUUAAUUUCAUGAAGCAGGUUUUCCUGUAUUCAAUCUGUCAUGCCGGAUUGUAGGAAUGACUCGCCAAAUGGAAUACGAAUAUGGAGUGUUAUUAGUUAGUUGUACACCAAGUAUAUUAGGACUGUAUAACAAAACAGAUGAUAAGGAAUUGAGACAUACUGCACUUAUCCUUGGGAUGCUAGCACUUGUUACUGGUGUCUUAGAAAAGAUCAAAUUGCCUGUUGCUCUCUCUAGAAAUGGAUCACCUGGUCUGUUCUAUGGAUAUGUUGUUGUUGCUGCAGUACUCCUACAAUGUUCGAUGAACCAAGAAAUGCAUGCAAAACAGUUUAUGGCUAUGAGUAUGGAACUCACACACUUCUCUAUAUGGAUGAUUUUGUUUUCUUUGACAUCAUGGCUGUUUAAGUGUUCUUCGGCAACGAUUAAUUCAUACAUCAGGGAUUUUGCUUUGGUGACCAUAAUUGGGUAUUUCAUGCACGCUGCUUUGAAUUUGCCAAUAAACUUGACAUUGUUUUUAAGAGUCGUAUCCUGUUUGGUGGUCAUUAAGAUUACCUCGUAUUAUCUUCCCAAUUGUUUUACGUUGGGUGAAAUGCUCUUACUCUAUAAUUUGCUGACAACAUUUCUGUUGAAUGUGACUUAUUUUGAAUCAAAUUUUGAAAUCACUGUAAUUGCUACUUGGGUAUUAUUUUUUGUAAUGCUUUUUCUCAUGUCACUAAUUCCUAUUUGCUUAGUUGGUAUUAUGUCCACUUGGUACUUUUAUUCAUCUGGCUUUCUUCUGUUGGCAUGUUUACUUAUUGUUUUAUCAGAAUCUAUUGUUCCAAAUGCAAUUCAUUGGACUAUUGAUUUUUUAUGGGCUAAUUGGCCGCACAGGCAAUUGUUGUUAAUUUCAUGGCUGAUAGAAAUCUUCAUAACUGUAUUGUAUGUUACCUUUUGGAGGGAUCACAAUGGGAAGUCGUCAACUUCUGAAAGAAAGAUUUUUCACAUCAUAAUUUUACUAACUUAUAUUCCUGGUAUUUGGUACGAUAUUCCUCUACUUCUCCUCUGCUCAGUUGGUUCUGUUUGCAUAUUGUUGAUCCUGGAGACAAUGCGGGUUUUAAAAAUUCCGCCUCUUGAAAAAGUUUUAAACGAUAGCCUUUCUGUGUUCAUUGACGCUCAAGACUCUGGUUGUUUAAUCUUAACCCCGGUUUAUCUACUUUUGGGCCAGUCUUUACCAAUAUGGAUAUCUUGCCUCCAAGACCCCAGUUUACUAACGAACCCUAACUCUAAAGUGCCAAUCGCUGCAUACAGUGGAAUUUUAUCAGUUGGGUUAGGAGACACUGCAGCUUCUGUCAUUGGCUCUAAUUUUGGAAGGCACCGAUGGAUGGGAACCAACAAAACAGUAGAAGGGACAUUUGCUGCCUUUUUUGCACAAUCAGCAUUUGUGAUCUUCUUGUCUGAAACUAAUAGUUUAAUAUAUGUUUUUAUAGCAAUUUUGUCAGUCUCUUUAAUAGAAGCAUUUACAUGUCAAAUUGAUAAUUUAAUUCUUCCUUCAUAUAUGUUCUUUUUAUUAAAUGUACAAUCGUUAUAAGUCA